ACGCCAGCGCUCGCGUCGUAUUCCUACGACACCACACAAGUGCAGUGCUAACUUACAAAAAGGCCUAAGUACACAACGAAAACAUUACGGACUUCGAUUUUUUAAUAAAUCUUCGAUUAAACGUGUUUUUUGAUAAGAUAAUUUGUUGAUACAACGUCUCAGUCGUGUCUUGUUCGUGCUGAGUGAUCGAUCGCGGAUGAUUAACGUUUUUAAAAUAUUUUUUUUAUUUUUCUUUUUUAUUGUCGAGUGCAUUUAUCAAGUUUCACAGUCAGUGCGUUCGUAAACAGUUGGAGGUUUGGAUUUUGACGUAAAUAGAUAACAAAAACAGCAAAAAAAAUGUCACCAACCAGAGACUAACCAAACGCGACAAGAAAACCGCAAAAAUGUCAAUACACACACGAAAGAGGUUGAUGCGGUGACUAAAUACUUUUGGCUAUAAAAAAAGAAAAAAGUUAAGAUGGCGUUGCUGACGAAUUCGGCGUCGGCGACAGGACCGGCGGCCGGCGGGCCGACGGCACCUCAGGCCCAUUCGGCGACGCCUCUUCACCACUACUUCCAUUACUUGAAGCAGCCAUCUCCGUUGGCACAGAAUCCUUAUGCCCACCACUCGGGUGCGCAUCACAUGGGAAUGGGCCCAGGCCCUUUAGGAGGAUUAGGGCCGUUUGGCCUAACCCCACAUGGUUUAGAAGCUGUUGGAUUUCCACAAGAUCAAUAUGAAAAACCAUGGAGCUGGAGUGUUAAUCCUAGAAAACAAAGGAGAGAGAGGACAACGUUCACUCGUGCGCAGCUAGACGUGUUAGAAGCUUUAUUUGGGAAGACAAGGUACCCUGACAUCUUCAUGAGGGAAGAGGUCGCGCUGAAGAUUAAUCUACCUGAGAGUAGAGUGCAGGUUUGGUUCAAGAACCGAAGAGCAAAAUGUCGACAACAGCUGCAGCAGCAGACGAACACACAGAUAUCCAGUAAAUCCACGUCCAGCUCGAAGUCAUCAGUAGCCAACAGCAGCAUUAAGACUUCCACAAGCUCCACAAAGAUAACCACUUCCAAAUCCCUCACCAGCUCCUCAAACGUAGCUACUACACAGAAUUCUAGUAUCACCACAUCUUCUCCCAACCUUCCUAUUACUCCUACGACUUCUGUCAGUCCCCCUAUAAACGUUAUCUGUAAGAAGGAGUCAGCAGGAUCGAACUAUGAAAGUUCACCGCUGAACAAAAAUAAUAGUUUAACUUCUUUAUCCCACUACAAUUCCAAUGAGCUGAGAAUAAGCGGUGGCAAGGAAUCUUCCCCUUCAGAACCUGUGUCCAACAUCCACGGUUAUGGAGUCACUCCUAAGCAGGAGUUGUACAGCAGUCCGAAGAGAUUGGACUACUCCAGCAAGUUGGACUACACAGAAAAGUUCGGGAGUAAUUUGGUAAAAGACCAGUAUAGCUCCCGAUUGACGGGUAAUCUUACUCCUUUGGGUUCCAAUUCCUCAAUCAUGACCACUCCGUCUCCUCCUAUUACUCCUCAGAGUAUAAACGGACCAGGGAACGUGUACCACCCGGAUAGUUACAACAGCUUCCACUGGCCGGGCAGUUCCGACUACAUCAGGAGUUACUCGACGUCACAUCAUCACCAAGGCUACGGGCAGAGCGCGUACAAUUCGCCGUAUUAUCCUAGUCAGAUGGAAUACUUCAACGGUGCUUCGGUGAACCAAUCGCACGGCAGUCACCAUGGUCACAACCUGACUGCCAAUGGCAACCAGCUAUACAACCAAGUAUCCUUCGGCAACCCAUCUCCUCCAGGGGCCUGGGCAUCACACCACAACAUUCUGUCUUCAGGCCCAGAAUCGCCAGAGAACCAAUCCCAAAACUCGCCACAUUUGAGCAUGCUACAAGCCUCGCAAAUAACGAACUUUUCAAAUUCGGGGAACAGUUAUUUCGCGCCAGAAAAGUACGGUAUCAAUAUGGUUUAGUACAUCUAGUCCUUUAUUUUGUAGUUGUACAUAUGUCUGUAUAGUGGGUGUGCGAGGACGAUUCAAAAGGAGUUUGUAUGUUUUUGGAACUCUAUGCUUUUUUGACACCUGUCAGUUGCGUUUAGUUAUCGAAAGUUACUAAGAUUCGAUGCUCGCUACAACUUUUCUCUCGUAUUUUUCUCUAUUUUCAUUUUUUAUUUGUACUUAAGUGUUCUUUAUUUGCUUUAACUUUAAUAAAAUAUGAAAGUUUAUAAAAAUACGAUGUAAGUACAUAUCAUUCGACGUGCUGUUAUACAAAACAUACAAAUUGAUUUUCAAUCGUCCUUAUUUACUUCAAGUGUAGGAAAGCGUUCUUAUAUAUUGUAAAUGGUUAUUUUUAACAAGACUUGUUAUCAUAUUUAGAUACUAAAAGUUAUUUAUUAUCAUAAAUUACUACAAUAUGACUUCAAGUCCUGUUUAAACUAAAAUUUACAAAAGACAAUUAAUUCAUUUUACAUCAAACGCUACUAUGAAACGAUUUUCAACGAAAUCUUUGUCGAGAGGCCUAAUUUUUUAAACGAAGGAAGUACUAUUGUAUAGUUAAUCUAUUAUUAUUUCUUAUAAAUAAACUUCGAAAAGAACAAAGGACAAUUUCCAAAAAUAUUUAGGGCGUUCAAAUGUGGAAAAAUAUCUUGAAAUUGUAUAAAGAUUAUUUUGUUUUGAAUUUGCUUCCCCGCGCCCGUCUAAAAACACCUGAAAUCAUAUCAGAUUAUUAUAUUUAAAAAAGGAGUUACUUAGGUUAAAAUUUAGUGAGGGAAUUCGCUAAAUUAACGAAAUAAUUAAACGUUACUUGUAUUAAGACGAAAAAGGGCAAACAUUGACGAAUUUUAUUACCUACACGUCUAAAGUCAACAAACUUCUAUAUUUGAAUUCACCAAUUUAAAUAAAAAAGAAUAUUGAUAUGAAUGCGUCAAAAUAGAUUUUAUUAUUUUAAAUAUCGAAGUACUCUAAUUUCCCAAAUAUGCUUUAAUAGAUUUUCAACCGUAAUUACUUCGUUGUAAAGUUGUAAAUCUUUUAACAUUAUUGGGAUUGCUUGAUGUGCUUUUGUCUGUACAUAAGGUUUUUCUUCAAAACUGAUGAUGUGUUUGAACCUAAGUUUUUUAAUAUAAGUAACGUUACAUAGUUCUAUUGUACAUAAAGUAUAUGUUAAGAAUUUUAUUUUGUAUAUGUGUGUGCUACGAAUGUAUAUGUGGGUUAUUAUUGUCUAGUUCUAAGCGAUUGUAUUUUUUUUUGUAAUUUUUAGACCAGUGACAACCCUGCCAUAACUUGUACGAAAUAAUUUUAAAUUCGUAAAACAAUGAAAUUUUAGGGUAAAUUCGUAGCCAUCUUCGUUUCAGGGAUUAAAAUAUUAUUGAACCGUAAAUUUUAACUUAUUUAACGUAUUUUUGUUUCGUUUUUUAUUAAUUGACAUUUAAAUUGUAUGUUUAAUAAAGAGACUUGAUCGAAGGUGGCUACUAAACGUAAUUGGCGCCCAUGACAGUAGCACAUUGCCGCCAAAAUGGCGGAUUAAAAACAAAUAAAAAUCUCUUUGACUCGUAAUCGGGUUUUUGAGUCCGAUAAUAUCAGAUCAGAGUACUAUAAUGAGAUUAUUAGUUAAUUUAUAUUGUGUUAUGAUUAAAACGGGAAUAUUUUGAGCGGGGAAUAUGGGCCUAAUGUCUACAUUAGUUAUUGAACCGCGAUUGGGGGUUACUUGAACAUCGGCAUUACUUUUAUUUGUAAAUACUUUCACCAACUUGUGUAAAGAUUAACUUUCCUUUUUGAAGGUAAGGUAAAUUUCGUAGAGGGGCAUAAAGAACUAUAGCCCGAACUUAUAUCUGAACGCAUCUAUUUGUUACCUAAACAAAAUGGCGAGUAGAUCAUAGAGUAUUUUAAUUUUUUUUAUAUAUUUUUUUUAAACGCCAGAAUAAAUACUUUAUUUAAUUAUUUUUUCUUUCAAGAAUAGUAUAAUUUUAUUAUAUUUGCAUAACGAUCGAUGUUUGAGGGAUACCAGUGUCGAAAACAAAUUUCCCAAUUUCGUAGUUUUUAAUGUAAUGAAAUUGUAAUUUAUAGUAAAUAUUAAGCUUGGAAAUAGCUAAAUAGUUAAGUACAUUACUUGUACGGUUCUAUCAAGAGUCAGUGUAUUUUUUUUAAGUUAAGUUGUAUUAAUUACUGAUAGCUAUUGAAAUAUUGAAUCCGAAUAUAUGCAUAUAAAAUACA